UUGCAGUUUAAUAUGAAAAGUUGGAUUAAUAAUUUAGCGUACUGUGUAUUUAAGUUUUCUCUCGUGGCCGAUAUUCUUCCGGGGCUAUAAAAUAUAAAAUGGAGAAGACACUUUAAUAGCAUAUUUUAUUAAGGAUAUGGAUACUUAACACACCAUGAAAAGGCAUACGGCUUAUUUCAAUAUUUGUGAAGGGAGGUAACAUUUAAUUAUUCCAAACGCAGACAUUUUGAUAGAUUUGAACGUGAGUAAAUGAACUUUAGAUAAUCAUCAUCAAACUAAAUCGAGAAAAUUAAUCAACAGGUAACAGGUCUUCGGGCAUGACUUGUAAGGUUGGCGACAAAUAAUGACUCUUCUAGCCGCAGUUGUUCAAUAUUGUGGUAGGCGUCUCCAGUUGAUUAUAUCAAAUCAAGCUACACGUAAUUUUUAUAUUCAUCGACAUAAUUGUGUUAUAACAUUAUAUCAGUGCUUAUCAUACGUUCAUGAUAAUAUCAAUCUAAUUGAAAAUGUUAAUAUAUUUGUUAUCGACAAUAAACUAAUUCUAGUAUUACAGUUUGUAGCAAACCUAGCACAUAUAUUUUUUUACUUUUGCUUUUUCGAGAACAACUCGGUUCGAGAGAGUGAUACAAAAGGAUCGUACGCCCUGCUCGCCUACGCUCUUGCCGUCACAUUUUUUCUCGAGCGUUUUCACGUUCUCUAACGCAGUUAAUUUCUAUUUUUAAAUAUAUAUGUAUUGUUGAAUAGCAAUAGGAAAAAAUACGUUGAGCGUCCGUAUCACGAGCGAGUGUAUAAAAGAGACGAUCGGGUUGCGAGGUUAACAUUCAAAGACGUUGCGACUAUUGUGAACAGAGCUUUUACGAGCAUUACAAAGAUAUACGCAACUAAUUGCUUUUAUACUACGAAUCUUUUAUAAAACAAUUUCAAUCAAACACUUCAAGAUGUGCAAACUUCAAAUUAUUCUUUUCGUUGUGAUCUGUUGUAUCGCGUAUGGGUCAACUAGACCAACUACAGAAGAUGGAAGUCGAAAAGUAUCAAAACACGACAGAUCUUCUGCAGCUAGGCGACAUGCCGAUGUUAACAUCUCAAGUCAUGUUGCCCGAAAAAUGCAUGAACGCAGAAGAAUGAAAAUGCUUGCGAGACUUAUCGCAGCAGCUGAAGAUGGAAAGAACAUAAGUGUUGAGGUGCUUCCUGACAAGUCCUCCAUCCCAAGUCACAAGGACACAUCAGAGAGACUUCUGUCGCACUUGAACGGCGCGAAAAGAGAUGACAAUUUACGCGUUCGGGUUGUGGAUCAGCGACCCGUGACCGCCCCACGUCACAUCAACGAGUUCAUCAAUUUGGCCGACAGCCUGCGGCAACAAGCUGCCAUGGCAAAAACUUGCCUCGAACUUCAAAAAACAAUAUUAAAAUUGCCUUCCGUUAGAAUAAAGGUGAAGUGCAAGACAACUUCUCCUAGCAGGUCGACACCAGUUGCCAAAUCUUUUCCAAAACCACAGGCUCUCAUGUCGCACGGAUAUACCGCAUACAGAUCCAACAGAAGGUCAUACAUUAAUGGAAGAGGAAGGAAUCGACAUGGCGGACUGAACAGACGACAUACGCCAUACAGACGCUACUACAGGGGCUAGGCGCAUUCUUUCAUUCAAAACUGAUUCAUCAUCAAACGAGGAUGAUUUCGUUAAAAUCGUUGAAAAACGUUUUUGCGACUUUUUGCUUUGAAAUUCAAUACGAGUAGGAAUCAUGAAGACAAGAUAAUAAUUGCCCCUUUCUUCUCUUAUUCAAAAUCCAAGUAUCUUGUUUGUCCACAUUGUAUUUUAUGUUUCCUGAAGUUUCAGCUGUUUGUAACUGUGCCUUAGUCCACGUAAUGACUUACACUGCCGACAAUCAAUCCAGCGGCUCUUUAUUGAAUGUUCGGGUCUCUGGUUUGAUUGUGGUUUGGUAGAGUGUCACUGUUAUCGAGUUGUAUGUGAAAGAAACUUCUGAAAAUUUCCUAUUUUAGUUUUGGUGUAGUAUUGCAUGGUGUUACCUUCAUAACGCACGUAUCUAUAUGCGUGUAUAAUCCAGUACGACAUUUUAUUUUUUCGUAUAACUCAACGUUUCUGAGCAUUUUUGUCUUUUUGUAAAUAUUCUUACUCACAUUUUUCAUUUCUUCGAAACAUCUAGAAUAAUACGGCUUCAAAGUAGCGUAUUCCCCUCAAAACUAAAUUAGAAACAGCAUUUCGAAACUACGUCACGACCAGCUUUGCGCAAGCCCCUAUCAGUGACAGCAUCUGAAAGAAGACCUAUCCUAUAAAAUCCUGUGAUGUGCAAAGCAUUUAAACACGGAGAUUAUGUUUAUGCGCUUGAAUAGUAUAAUGCUUUGUCAUUUUAUUUUGGGAUAAAAUUUGAAAAACUGUGGUAGAGGAAUGUUUCGCUAAAAAUUUCUUGGUGAUAGUCAAACUUUGCAUUGGAAACCAACAACCACCUUUCUUCAAAAACGCAAAUUUGACAAAAUAACUUUUAAUUCGAACUAAAAAAGCAGAAACCGCUGUAUAAUUUUGAUAUUAUUACCUUUACACAAUAUUCAAUCUACAUGAAAAUAUUAAACAAAGGCAAAGGGAAAAUGACUAACGCAUAGUGGGGGUUUUCAUUUUACUCCAAACCCUGAAUUGACGUCAAGAAGAACGAACAAAUAUUGCUCAUUGCUUUAAUACAUAUUUCUGUUAUCUGAUGUUUUUCAAAAUGUAAAGAUUGGGUAAUAAGGAAAAUUACAAGGGUUUUUCUUUGGAAAAUUUGUAAAAAUUUACUAAUGUUCACUGUAUCACUAUAUUCUUAUAUUGGACAAACUAAAAUCAGAAGUGGUGUUAACGAAAUUUAUUUGUCCGUGGUGGUACGUUUAUUGUGGAAUUUGUUUAUUAUUGUUCAUUUAUGUUUUUAUUAUACUAUAGCUGAAUUUUAAACAUAUAUGUUGCUUUAACGCAUCUUCAUCUUAAUAACAAAGUUGUAGAGUUGUGAGCCUGGCCGUUUUGGCGAAACAUG